UGAAAAGCAUGAGCCACGCUGGCUAGGUUCGAAUAGUAUAAGUAUCCUCCACGCCCACCUCCUCGUCUCUUAGACUCCAACCUCACCAACAACCUCACAUUCCCACUUCAAGCAAACAAACUUCUAGCUCAGCCAACAACAACCAUGAAGUCAUUCGCCGCCAUCCUCGCCCUCGCGGCCUCCACCGCCCUCGGUGCAGCCCUACCUUCCGCCGCCUCAAGCUCGACCGCCUCACCGCAGCCCCACAACCUCAAGCUGGUCCUCGACCAGGACGAGUCAGGCGAAGCCGUCUGGCGCCUGCUAGACGAGAACCUCCCCGCGCACGUCGCGCAGCGGCGCAACUUAGGCGGUCACGGCAACACCUCACCGGCGGCGCGGGAGCCCCGCAGCGGCAGCGACAGCGGCCUGACCAAGCGCGCAGCCGAGUGCCACAACAGCAACCGGGCGUACUCGGACGACUGCCGCACGCUGGCGGACUCGAUCCAGUACUCGACGGCGCCCGUGCCGAGCUCGUCGCGCCACAUCGCCUACGCGACCUGCUACAUCAGCUGGUCCAAGGUCUUCGAGGGCGAGCAGAGCCGUUUCUGGGGCGGCGCGUACGAUACCCUGCAUGACUGCACGGGCGGCAACCCGGGGGAUACGCAUAAUUAUGUGUCCGGGGUGAUUAGGGGCUAUUUGCCGAACGGGGCGGCGCAGUGCCUGUCGAACCGCGCGAAGGGGUGCAGCUAGAUGGGUUUUGGGGGGGUUGUUGGGACGUGGAUGGUGCGAGUGCUGG